AUGGGCGGGGCUUGCUUCAAAGGAAGCGAGAGCGGUGGAAGUUCCCGGGUGACGUCGGUGGGCGGGGCGAGGGAAGGCGCGCGUCUGCAUCUCCGGGCUCAGAAGCAGAGCCUUCGCUCGGCGGGUGAGAUUUAGCUUGUUUUCUCGCUUUUCUCUUUCUUUCUUCUGAAGCGGUGCUGGGCUUAUCUUUUAUUCUUUAAAAAUAGUUUUUAUUGAGUUUUACAUUUUUAUAUUCAAUACGAUCAUCCUUAUCACAGAAAAAAAAAGAGAGAGAAAAACAAAUCCCCCGCUACCCCCCGGACUUCCCUCAACUUCCUCCUCUGGUUCUUUAAAUAUUUGUUUCUUCUGCUUAUUCUACCUUAAUUUGUAAUCGUUUAGCUAAAUAUUAUUGCAUUUCUAUCAUUUUUAUCCCCUGUUUCCCAAAUAACAUCUUACAUUUUCUUAUUUACCCAAUUGGUACCUCUUAACCUUUAUACUUGUUUUCUUAAUCGUCAGUGUUUAGUCAAACCCUGCAAGCGAGUCUACUACUUUACAGUGUUUCUGUAUAUACAUCAUAUACGGUUCCCAGUCUUUUUUAAAGUCUCUGUUGUCUUUAUGUGCUGGGCUUAUUUGAGUCAGGUGCAAUGCAGGGUAACUACCAUUGACAGCUGACAGCUGACAGCUACGAACUCCCACCUAAAAACACUGAUCCGGAAACGUCAAAAAGAUAGGAACCUUCCUCGUUCUGUCCUCUCCUCACAACUUGCGCACAGGAAAUGUUUUCUCAUAAUGCACCACAAGUUGGUAAUGCCUUCAUUCUACCACCUCUGCCCCCAUUGCACACUUCCACAGGCUAGUUUAUUAUGGAUGUGUGCACAUCUAAAGCAGUGUCUCCCAAACUUGGGUCUCCAGCUGUUUCUGGACUACAGCUCCCAUCAUCCCUAGCUAGCAAGACCAGUGGUCAGGGAUGAUGGGAAUCGCAGUCCGGGAGAACCCCAACUUUGGGAAAUGCCGAAGGAAAGCAUGUCACUUCCCCACAAAAGAGUCCCGAGAACUGUAAUUUAAGGGAGCUGAAGAUGGUAGUUUUGUGAGUCUUUUUUAAAAAGUAACUGAGAGGGGAAAGAGUGUGAUUUCAUUGUCAUAGGUGCCCAGCGAAGUUGGACACAAAUAUGACAGGAGGGUUUUAAAAACCCCCAUGAAGACUCUACCAUGCUGCCAGCUUUACAUCUUCUAAUAAGUCGUAUGGUAUUUGAAAGCAAUCUCUUUCACAUUUGUUAGGAAUCGGAGAUGAGCGACUGCCCUAUAACGCCUUCAAUGUGUGUGCGUUGCCUUGGCUAUGGCAUGAUGAGGCAACUGGCUGAUUUUAUUGAUCCGCAGGAUGGAUGGAAAAAAUUAGCAGCAGAUAUAAAAGAUCCCUCUGGCGCAAACAUAUACAGCCAACUGCACAUAAGGUAGUGUACUGGUGACAAGGGUGUCUGUGUGUGCUUUUUUAUCCUUAUCUUGCAAAGCUAAGUAGGGUUUCAAAUUGGAUGGGGGACCGUGUGUUGAGAUUCCUUCAUUGCAGGGGGUUGGACUAGAUGAUCCUUGAGGUUCUUUUCAACUCUACAAGUUCUGUGAUUGUAUGGGUGUUGUCUUUUGACAUGGAAAGUUUUAAUAUAUGAUAUUGCACACUUUGCUGUUGACAUAUUUAGAUUUUCUAAUCCACCAGAAAUUGGUUCAAGUGUCUACCAAGAGGGCCAUUUUAGGGAGGGAAAGCUCCAUUUGUGUAGCUUGUUCCAACUCCUUAAAAAAUAUUAGAUAUGCCGCAUAAAGACAGAUUACUAUAGCUACAGAAAACAACUAUAUUAAUCUGUCCAUAUAUGCAAUAUCUAAUACUUUAAGGAACCAUUCUCUGGUAGUUAGGAUUGAAGCAUUCUUCAAUGCUUUUGGCAUUGAAGAAUAACAAUUCUAGCUGUUGAAAUAUUUCCCAUCAAGUUUUUGCAUUCUUUGUUUCAUAUAUCUUUUGCUACAAUUUAGCGUCAUUAUUGCAUCACAUCUUAAACUGAUACUUGGUAUAUGCUUUUUGUAUAGCUUGAACCCAAUAACUUUGACAGCUUACUUGAUGGAGCAUGUAACCAUCAUCUUUUAAGGCCAGCACCCUCACUGUAGUUAGAGUUUUUCAUUGCAGUCACAGCUGAGUUCUUAAUGUGGUGGCCCUGUUCAUCCCAUAUACUGUCAGACAUCCUUUUGGAUGUCAGAGCAUCCAGCUCUUCAUGCACUAAUGUGUCUAUCAACUGAGCUAUCCAGCUAUCGUAUCAUAAGCUUGCACCAAAGCCAUAUUUGAAGUGAAAUAUAUCAUGCAAGCUACAUUGCUGUUGACGUAUUAGCUUUUGAACUUUGUGGCUAAAAAUUAAUAUUCUGUGUAUCAUUUUUUGCAAUCUUUUUUCAAAAUUAAUUUGAUUUUUCUCUUCUUUUUUAAAAAGGCGUUUCGAAGCAUUAAAACAAGUAGGAAAGAGCCCCACUUGUGAACUGCUUUUUGACUGGGGGACACAAAAUUGCACUGUUAGUGAUCUAGUAGACUUGCUAAUCAGGAAUCACUUCUUCGCAGCAGCCAAACUUUUGCUUCCAGGUAAUUUUGGUCUUCACGGUGUCUCUGGCAUGUAUUCAAAGGGGAGGUAUGGUGGUGUUCUUAUGUCUUUUAGAUGGUGGCUUUUAAUAAUUGUCUUUCAGGUGAGCAUCUUUUCAUGUAGCCAUUUGUGAAAUCCUUAAUUUGGUUAAUAGCUGAGAAAGACGUAUAAAGCACUCCUCUUUUCUGAAAAGGAUCUUCAACUUGGGUCAGGAGGAACUCUGGUAGAAAUCCAAGUAGGCCUGUAGCCACACCAGAAACAGAGUUGGAGCUAUGGAUAUGUAGCACCACCAGAAAACUAUUAAAAAUCUGACAAACAUAUAUCCCACUUAUUUAUAUCAUGCAAGCCAAAUUGUGAUGACUGGGCCCUGAAAGGCAUUCUAAAAUACGCUGAAUCAUGUCACAAAAACUUAGUCUCCUUGUGCUCCUGAAAUGCAAGGUUUUUCUGGGAUAUUCCAACUUUUUACAUAUUGGCAUAACCCUAGAUUGUUUCACACGGGCAACCACCACAAGGGAAGGCACUUUAUAUUGAUGCACAACAUUAUUGCUGCAGGUGAAGCUGGAACAUGGUGCAUUGCCUUCCUUACUAGUCCAAAACUGAUACAGAAAUUGGAUUCUGUGUUGUUUUUGGUGAUGUCUCUGUGCCCCAAAGUGUGAUUAGAUGCAACCUUAAGACUGGACUCUGAAGACAGAGUCCAGUGCACUAUUAAGCCAUGACUAUUCUGUUUGUUGGUACAGAACAGCUUUCGGCAACCUGUUUCCCACCUAAAACCUGUUUUGACUGUUUUCUAUUUUUUGGCAGAUUCCAUGAGGACAACAGACACUACAGUGCCCUUAUCUUUACAAGAAACUACGUGUCUGAAUGAAAAAGAAAAUCAAGUGGCACCUGUAUUGCCUCUCUCGGUUCCAGAGAAAGGGUGCCUAACUUCAGUUUCUUGCAGCCCAAGUACAAAAGAGAGUUGCUUGCCUCUUAAUGAUUCAGGUAGGCAAUUAUUCCUUCUAUCACUCCCCUCCUGCCUUUCAGUCCAGUCCAUUAUGUAUUGUAGAACAUGAUAUUAAAGGGACCCCUGACCAUUAGGUCCAGUCGUGGCCGACUCUGGGGUUGCGACGCUCAUCUUGCUUUAUUGGCCGAGGGAGCCAGCGUACAGCUUCCAGGUCAUGUGGCCAGCAUGACUAAGCCGCUUCUGGUGAACCAGAGCAGCGCACGAAAACACCGUUUACCUUCCCGCUGGAGUGGUACCUAUUUAUCUACUUCCACUUGAUGUGCUUUCAAACUGCUAGGUUGGCAGGAGCAGGGACCGAGCAACGGGAGCUCACCCCGUCACGGGGAUUCGAACCGUCGACCUUCUGAUCGGCAAGUCCUAGGCUCUGUGGUUUAACCCACAGUGCCACCCACGUCCCUGAACAUGAUAUUAGGGGAAGUAAUAUCAACCACAUGCAUAUCUGAGGUGGAGAUUAGGGUUGCCAUAUGACCAGAAUUUCCCAGACAUAGCCAGGAUUUGGCUGGAAACAGUGUCCUGGCAGAAAUCACUGGAAUGUUUGGGGAAAUCCGGACGUAUGGCAACCCAUGUCUGAAGUGUAGAUUUUGGUGAAUUUCCUUAAAAAUAGCUCCAAAAAUCCCUUAAAAAUAAAGCACAGCAAUUGUUUUGUCCAGAUUUUCACUUUUUGAAAUAUGGCAACCAAUAUUUAAACCAGAUUAAGGGACAUUGAAGAAUAAAACAACGAGUUAUCUGUAAAUAAAAGUUUCUCCCCCAAGUUCUAUGGUUUGAAUACAACAGAUAACAGGGUCAUUUAUAUUUCAAAAUUAAUAAUUCCAGUCCCACACAGGGACUUUAUGUUAGCCCGACUGAAUGUUUUUUUCCUCAUCUUUUGUCAAGGAUAGAUAUUUAAACAUCCCCAGAAACGAUAGACACUGUGGAUGUUCUUUGAAUGUGCCAGAAACUGUAGAACAUUCUUUACUACUGUCCAUUGUACAACCAGCUAUGCAAACACAUGCUAUCCCCCUUUUUGGGUAGACUUAAUAUCACAGGACAAUGAAAAUAUCAGAUUCUAUCUGUCUGACAUUAACCCGGAAGUAACUGCAAGGGUGGCUGCGUUUUUGUCAAUAGUAUCUCUUAGAGUGGUGAAUGGCACUAUUUAGCAGAAAGAAACCCCAAUGAAAAUCCUCGUUAUUGCGUAUUUUACAUGGCUGUUUUUGUAUAUAAAAUUUUAUAUAUGGAUGUUUUAUGAUGGCCUAUAUAAACCAAAUAAAGGUUUGGUGAAGUAAGUAAAUAUGGCAGCUGUAACAGACUAGGCAGGUAUAUAAAUCCAGAGUUGUUUACUCAAGAUGAUUGCCUCCUAGGCAGUUCCAGGGAGGAGGGGCAAGGGGCAAGUGGUCUCUUUACCGGCUGGAUCUUAACGUUUUAACAACUACUAUAGCAUUGUUUUAAGCAACCUGCUGUCAAAAUAUGCCAAAUUUCCAUUCUGAAAUAAAAUGUUGGAAUUUUUUCCCCCCACCUUCCUUUGCUAACCAACCUAUUUGCUUAAAGAUAUCUUUACUCAUGGCCAGUGAGGUUGGGUGGCAAAUCGCUCCCCCCCCCCCCAUGGAAAAGUUUUUGUUUCAGAAGCAAAUUAGAAGCAGCAAGCAGAAGCGAGUUGCAAAUUCAGUAUUUGGCAAGCAUGGCAGUUUUCAGGUGUUUAUCUUUUGUUUACUAAAUACAAGUAAAACAAACACAUUAAACUAGAUCACUUUCUGGGGCAUCAGAAAUUCUUCCAGUGUGAGCAGAAGAGUUUCCAAUUUUAAAAAAACCCCUCUGGUCACUGCUUGUAGCUAGCGAGUUGCAAACUUUUUCUGGGGUGGAAAACUGUUUUUCUGUCGAGGAGCACAUAUGCCUAGGGCUAAUCUGUUUGGGGCUGCAUGCUGAAGCAGGUGGGGCACCUGCGCUCUCUCACCUCCUUUCUUUGCCACCUAUUUCUCCCUUGUUCCUACCUGCAUGAAACCAGGCUGAGCGUUUCAUAAAGCCCUGAGUCACAGAUUGCUCUCCUUUGACUUAUACAGCCUUGCAUAAGAAUAGCUAACUGAUCUUCAUCUUGCUUUCUCUCCACCUUUUGCUGGCAUCUCCUGAAAAGCAAAGACAAAUCUCUGUAAGGUAAAUAAAUCAUGGCAAGAUUUGUGGUGCUGGGAUUUGAAUUUUUUUCUUUUUUUAAAAUCCUGCUGGGUCCCCACCCCCAUCAAAAUUUGAAUUUGAGAUCUCCACUCACAUUUCUUCUCUUUCAGUAUUGCAGAGCUUUUCGUUUGAUAAACUGAGAAGUCUUACAAAUAACUUUGAUGAUCGAACUGUGUCGGCUGGUGGCAACAAGAUUGGCGAAGGAGGUUUUGGAGUGGUGUACAAAGGAUGCAUUAAUGGCAGAACAGUGGCAGUGAAAAAACUUACUUCUGUAGGUUUCCUGUUACUAUGUAUAUCAUCAUUUGCACUGUGAAUUAUCUUUUCUCUCUCUCUCAAAGUGUAAGCAAAAUUGAGGCAUGAAAAUGGCCAGAAAACCAUGCGAUGAGGCACCCUAUGUAUCACACAUCUAUCAUAUAACAUUUAAGAGCAGAGCAGAGGAAAUAUUGCAAAUUUGGGGGCUUAUUAUGCAUUUUUUGUCAUAAAUCCGAUAAAGAAUAAUAUUUUACUGUGAAAUCCUACUCACAAGCAAGCCCUAUUGAAUUCAGUGGGGCUUACUCAUAUGCAGUCUAAACAUGCCCCUUCGUGUAAACUUGUUGUUAUCACUUGCACCCCAGAGUAUUUUUCUUUUCUUUUUUGGCCCCUUGGUGUCCUGGACUCAUUUGGGAGGAAGGUGUGAGAUAGAAAUAGGAAACAAAUAACUAUUGCAUAAAAGUGAUGGUGGAAUAACUCCCAGCACACUCUAGAUCCUUGAGGGUAGGGAGAUUGCUUGUGUAUUUUUCCCCCAUUGUGGCUCCUUGCUUGUGGAAUUCUCCCACCGGUCAGUUAGCUUCUAGGUUGCUUGUUAACAAAGAUGCUGAUGAGUUCACUUGCAGUUGGGUUUCAAAGGCUCAGAGCUAGCUUUCCCUACUGCUGUAUUUCUAUUGAUGCACCUCAUUGAAUAUCUCUGAGCAAUACCUGGAAGAUACAGAAAACCUUGAGGGCCUGGCUCUGGAUACCACCCUAUUUGCCACUGUUAAGUACAAAGCUUUCAUUAUGUGGUUGACCUAGAACCGGUCUGCUUCCCAUUAACCUCCCAUUAUUUUAAAUGUCAUUAUAGGUGACCGAUGUAAGUAUCGAAGACCUGAAAAAGCAGUUCGAACAAGAAAUCAGCAUUAUGGCAGAGUAAGUUGUGAGCGGUUUCCCCCCUCUAUACAACCACAACCAAAAUCUUAGCACAAGAUCCAGCUCCCUACCAUUCCCCGGUUCUGACUGCUUAUUUUACAGAAAAAAUAAUAAUGCAUGCUGGGGUUAAAGAUGUGCAUAGCGCCUCGUGUACUUUGAUCCUCACUAUUUUGAGCGCUGUCUGGCAGUGGCCCUCCAGGAUUUUGGAAAGGAAUUUUCCCCAUCCGUGCGUGGAAAUUCCAAGGAUCAAAUCCAGAAGCUUUUGCAUGCAUGUGCUCUGCCACUGAAUUGUGCAUGAAAGCAAACUAUUGGCAUCAAAUAAACUUACCGUAUGUAGUUUGUGUUACUGAAAUCGUUGAUCAAGAUUAUGUCUAGGUUCAUUGGAGCCCUCUAAUUCCUAACCUUUCAGAACAGUAAAUACGAAAACCCAGACUAAUAAGGCCGUUGGUUUGUUUUUGUCACAGAUGUCAGCACGAGAACCUAGUAGAAUUGCUUGGAUUCUCAAAUGACUCCGAUCAGCCUUGCCUUGUUUAUGAUUAUAUGCCUAAUGGCUCAUUGCUUGACAGACUAGCUUGCCUGGUAAGUGAAAUACUUGCUUAUUGUCGAUGCCUCUUUGAAACUGCUAAACUGAGAGGGGGAAACGGAAAUAUCUGGAAUCUAUUGUAGAUGUGAAGUAUCUGAUCACAAGGACCUCUUUCCCUUGCAGGCCUCUCCUAUUGAUGGUGAUGAAGGAUAGCUCUGAAUGUGCAAAGAUAUGUGUGUACAGAGCUACGUUUUAAUACAGUGGCAAGGGCAGCCUUUGUAGACAGAAGCUUUGUAGACAGUAUAAACUGGAGCACAUGAUAUUUCACAUUUUGCAAAGCUGGUUACUUGAAACAAGAACAUCAGGCAAAUAUUAUUUGGUGGCACUGAUUGGUUUUCCUCUUAUCACUGUGUAUAUCACUGGUAUGAUGUCAAUCAUCUUUGCAUUGUUUACUUUGGCACAAUAUUAUUCCAUUUUGAGGGGCGAUCAGCUUCAUUUUCUUAAGAAGGUUAUGGUGUUAGCUUUAAAGAGGAAAACUUCUGUGUUUUGGUCUGGUUUGGAUAGUUUUAUACUGCCUUGGGUUCAGGGUUAUGUGAAUGAGCCUGCUUGGGCUUAUGUGCCUCCUUUUCAUCUGAGAUGGCCACAGUGAGCAGGUCAGAAGCUUUGACUUCCUGUUUUAAACUAACCUAGAAUUUAUGGUUGUGUCCAAACUAAGGAGAAGUCUGGUUAAUUCAAACCAUGGUUUGUUGAACAAAGCCAUGGCUCAGUGAACCAUAGUGCUAACUAGUCUGGUCACAAUUCUAGUUUAUUUAACACAAACCUUGAAAGCGUCCAAUUUCCUUCCAGCAGUACUGAACAAGGAUGAGAGAGGGAGGGGCAUGGGAGCCCCAUUAGGCUCCUUCAUGCGAUAGAUGAAUGCAAAGGCCCAGGAGAUGAAUGUGAUAUUAUUAUUAUUAUUAUUAUUAUUUGUUGUUCACUCGUAGCCGAGUAAGAUUGUCUUCCAUGAACACGGUCUUAACAGUGAGUCCAUAAGUGACUGUGAAAGGCAAUUCUGGAUCCACACAACCUUCCACAGUGGGGACAUAGGUUUCUGGGUGGGAGUCAUUUUGCGGUGAGGGUUUGCCAAAUGUGCCUUCCUCGUAGCACGUUUCUCCCUUUCAUCCUGAGUUUGAGCGUCUUCAAAACCCAUGCCACCUUUGGUAAAGGCUGUUCUCCAAUUGGAGCGCUUGCAGGCCAGUGUUUCCCAAUUGUUGGUGUUUAUACUACAUUUUUAAAGAUUUGCCUUGAGACAGUCCUUGAACCUCUUUUGUUGACCACCAGCAUUAAGCUUGCCAUUUUUAAGUUCAGAAUAGAGUAGUUGCUUUGGAAGGCAAUAAUCAGGUAUCCACAUAACAUGACCAGUCCAGCGAAGUUGAAGAAUCACUGCUUCAACACUUCGAUAUUCUAGGCCUCUCUGCCUCGAAAUAUUGACUCACUUCCACUCUCCACUUGUUUUUAAGGAUAACACGGCACCAAUUCCUUGGGAAACAAGAUGUAAGAUUGCUUAUGGGGCAUCCAAUGGAAUCUGUUUUUUACAUGAAAAUAACCACAUUCACCGGGAUGUUAAAAGGUAAAAUCUAAAAAACUAAUUAUUGCACUAAGGACAGAUAGUUCCAUCUUUGUUUUGUCAGUAUUCUUCAAACAUGCUUUUUAAAUUAAAAAAAAACACAAAAACAUUUAUGGUGAUUUGCGGACAGGGCAAUAUUUGUGUUCUACGUUUAUCUUGACACUGAAUAGAAGAAGGCAACAGUGUAAAGAUAAUUGUUGCUGGGUGUGUGGUUUUUUAUGUCAGAGGCUUAGUGCUGUCCAGCUGGCCAUAGAUAAGACUCCGGGCUCCCAGCCAGUUCCAAACAAUUGAUUUAUUUGACAAAGUUCAAAUGUACAUCUCCAGCGUUUCCAUUAACCUCCUUCCCCUUGUGCACAGUUGCUCCCUCUAAUGUUACUUCCUCCUUUUCCGCACCCAGCAUGCAAGUCUGCGAAAACUCCUCCCCUUACUUCCUCUGUGUACAGCAUGACUUGUCCCAGGCUCAUCCUCCUCCCCCUCUACGUCAGACUGACUGUCAGACGACAAGCUGCUGAUAAUCUCUUUAGGCUCUCUAUAACUGCUGGUUUCUGUCCUUUCAUCUUUUCCCGUUUGCCUCUUCCUGACAGUUUAGUAGAGAAAAGCGUUUUGGAUGUGGCCAUAAUUCUCUUUUAUCCCGCAAACUACAAGCAUGGAAUAAUAAUGAAACCUGGAGCAUUAGCUAAAAAUACAGCUCCCACCUUACUUUUCAUUUGAUUAUUGCAGCACCAUCUCCUUGAGAAGGAGUGUUGAAGAACCUAACAGAAUUCAGUCCCCUUUUUUUGUUUAUGUUUUUCAGUGCAAAUAUCUUACUUACUGAGAACUUUGUGGCGAAACUGUCCGACUUCGGACUUGCAAGGGCUUCAGUAAGGUUGACGCACACUAUCCUAACGGACAGAAUUGUCGGAACAGCAGCCUACAUGGCCCCAGAAGCUUUGCGUGGGGAGAUAACCCCGAAAUCUGAUAUCUUCAGCUUUGGCGUGGUGAGUGAAAAAACUCCGAAAAGUUAUUUGGAAGCUAAUAUAUAUGAGAGUAGUGCUAUUAAUAUAUGCAAGGCUAGUAGUCUGAUAAUAGGCAGGUUCAGCAAAGGGAGUAUCAGCUGCCUUGGGAUCAAUUGUUGAAGGAAGGCAUAACAACCCUUUCUUUAAAACCUUUCCCUGCACAAGGUUUUUCAUUGAGUGGUUCUGUGCACUGGUUUCUUAUAGUAGUUCAUGACGUGCAUUUCACUUUUUUUGUUUUUUGUUCUUGUUUUCUGAUUAUCUUUCUUUUAGGUGUUACUUGAAAUAAUAACUGGACUUACUCCUGUGGACGAAAACCGGGACCCCCAAUUAUUGGUAAUUUCUUCUUCUAGAAAUACGUUUAGAAUAAAUACACAUUGCAUUUUUCAGCAAACUAGAAGUUAGCUGCUGUGUCAAGCCUGUCUACAGCAUCAAAAGACCGUGACUUAGGUUAAAACAAGAAUUCUGGCAGGAGCUGACAUUGACUAGAAUGUCAGUGAAUCUACCACCAUUGUCUUGUUGUAAUUAAAGUGUGUUACUACAACGUCUGCAUGAGCAUGCAACUAGAGCCAAGGACUACACGUUGGGAUCUCUUUAACUAAAGUCAUGUAGCACUAGGGCAAAACACUUGUUUUUUCCAGGAGAGGGAUUAAGCAACAGAACAACAAGCCAGAGUUGGUUACAGAAUAUGGGCAGCAUUCAGAUCAAACUGAUGGGAGGAGAAGUAUAUAAAGAGGAACCAUUGAUAUGGGGCGGGGGGGGCGGAAUAAAAAGUGACUACCCUCUCUUUCUGUCUUGGCUUGUGUGAAUGUGGCAGAGACUUUAUGGUUCCUCCUCCUUGGGCUUAUCUUCCCUCCCAGCCUUCAUAGUCCUGCUCUUCCUCUGACGCUAUUUCUGCUUCCAAACAGCUGUCUAUCAAAGAGGAAAUUGAAGAUGAAGAAAAGACGAUUCAAGAUUACGUUGAUGAAAAGAUGAGCAGCUGGAAUAUUGCAUCAAUUGAACAGAUGUAUUCAGUUGCAUGCCAGUGUCUGCACGAAAAAAAGAACAGGAGGCCAGAUAGUAAGACGGUACCAGGAUAUUUUUAUGCUCUUGUCCUUUGUAUGGCUUUUGAGAGUGUGUUUACAUUUGGCGAGUGUGAAUUUAUAUUUCUGCUUCCCUUGCAGGUCAGACAACACUUGCAAGACCUGCUGGCUGAGUAAGGUCUCUCCUGUGCUGUGACUUAAAAGCAAGUCCAUUGACGUACUGAGGCCUUGUGACCACUCUGUUCCCUAAGGUGUAAAAAACUAGACACAACACAGGAUAUUGGUUUGGGAUCAAAUAAGGCCACAACUUUAUUGGUUACAGAUGUGAGGUUUGACCAUAGGCAUUGGGAUAAGCAACUGCACGUCACUCCCACUCGCUGGGAGUGUUUCUAAGGGUGAAGCUGGGGGGGGGGGGUGCCCUAGGACCUAGGUCAAAUCAAGGUACCCCCCAAGCAGUUCCCGUUGGAGGAGUGGUAUGACCUUUGCCCCCGCCUGGGCAUCGGGCAGGAGCUCUCCCUUCUGGAUCCUUUUAACAGGAUACCCUUACCUGUGGAGGGGUAGGCAGAGGCUACAGCCUCCCCUCCAAACAAUACUAGGUUUACCCAAUGCCUAUCCACCUUACGAAGUUGUGAUGCUUCCUAUGAGGUAGGCGAAAACCCAAAUGGUGAUGCCAGUUAGCUAAGUGGGGGAAAUUCCUGCCCGGCCCUUGAAAAUUAGGCCACUGAUAUUGUCCAUAGCAAGGUCAAACCAUCCCUGAAAAACCCUAAUCUGAGAGAGGGAGGGAGGGAGGGAGGGUGGGAGGACCGGUGCGGCAAGAGAAAGGCUGAAAGGCCCCACCAGCCAGACAUUUAAACUUCCCCUGGGCACAGCACAAAGGGUCAUGAUUGGUCGGUUGGUCCUACGCCCAGGGGAACGCCCAUUAACACCUACCGCCAUGGGUCCAUUUGGCAGGGAUACGAUCUGGCCUGCGAUAGGCCGGUUUUCCAGGGCCUGCCUGCAAAGCCGCCCACCUGAUAAGGGGGCAAAUGGAUUUAGACGCUAAUUUUACAUUUGUGUUCCUGUGCCGUUGCUUACACUUUCAUAGACUUCUUUAAAAGGGGAAUGUUAUUUUGAGGCCCGGUUACUUCGUCAUGGAUCUUGGGACUGCACAAGAGGGACACCUUUUUGACAACCUUAUGUGUAUGCUGUUGUCCUUGCAAGCUUAUUGCCCUCAAUUCUGCCUGCCUGCAGCUUGGAGAAGAACACUGUAGGUUUGGCUCCUUCUCACUCAGUGGCCAUACCCCAUAGCAGAAAUCCAGGAGUCGAUACAUUCCUUAAGCAUCUCUGCUACAAAUCUGAAAUGUUUCUGUAUGAGCAGCUUUCUGAUCCACCUUGUUCUAAGCUCGUGUGUGACACUCCAAUAACAAGAAGGUGCAAGAGCUGCACUAUUACAUGCAAAUCCACGCUAGCAGUUUAUGGUUUCCUGUUGGCAUCUAUUUGACUAAACUGCUUAAGAAAGUUGUCUGCAGCUGACUUGACAAUCUUGAAUAUUUCCCCCCUCUUGAAAACUAUAGCUGUUGGAGCCCAUCUUCCAGACUUGCCAGUGUGCCUAAUCAAAAGUAAAUGGAAUCAAAGAGGAAUUGGGUAUACUUGCUGCUUCUGUAAUUGAUUUCUGAAAUAAUAGCUUAACACAUGCAAACAACUAAUAAUAAAAAUGAACAGCUGGGAUGGUCAAACAGCUUGAUGCUGGGAUGGUACUGUAGCUUCCCAGUCCCCACUUUCAAACUAUAUAAAAACAAUUGCUGAUGGUUUUAAUUGGGCAACUUAUUCCGAUUUGUGCCAGAUGCAGAAACGAGGCCAUUUUUAGCAGUUCUACCAAUGGCAAUUGCAGUCUGACUUUAAAAGGGAGCAAAGAAAACUUGGUGAGAUGAAACAGAAUAAGCAAAAGCUGCCUGUAGCGCAGGCAAGUAGAUCUCUAAGCUGUUCUCCUGUGGAAAAAAGCAGCAGCUAAUGAGGCUGCCGUUCGCAUAGCUCAAGCCAUAUAAAAGCAAGUGAAACAGGGGUGCCUAGAGCAACAGUUUAGCGAGAGCUAGGACUGCAUGGUCCAACACACUCGGCAUCCCGUGCCAGGUGAAAAAUCCAUUUUGUAAGCUGCACAAAUGUGCUUGAGCCUUUGCCAACCUUGUUAAGUGGAGGAAGUGGCAAUGAUACAUGUCUGCUAUGAACAAUCCAGAUUUGUAUAUACCUGUGCUUCUGGUUCGGGGAUUUUUACCAGGCUUGCAAGCGUGCAGGCUAUACUGAAUUCAUGGUCUCAAAGAUAUUUUUGAAAAGGCUAUGCUAAUAUUCAGGAAGUGCUAAGCUCCUUGUCAAAUUACGUGCUCCAGCUGUGACCUAAAUGGCUCUGUUGGCUCAUGAAGCCAAAGCCAAUCUUUUUCAAGAAGUAUAUUUCGCAGUUCUCAUGGGAACCAUGAAACUCUGAACCUGUUCCGCCAUUGUAUUUUUGCCAGCAUAAAGCCACAUAGGCAUACAAAGAUAACCGCAGAGUAUGUGAAUUGCCCUCUUUUUCUUCUUCUUCUUUUUUGCACCAUUGUGCCUUCUGAAGAGUGCUAGAGAAUCAAUCCUGCUUAUGAUGGCACAUCAACUUGGACUAUCAAACAACCAUUUUGUGCUGUCAAACAACGCUGCUACCCUUUUCUAAGAUGGAAGACACCAUCCGCACCAUGGACAUUGUAUUUUCUUUUUCAGAUCCUGUAUUUUCUUUUUCAGUUCUUGUUUCUACUUAAUGCAUAUGAUGACUUUGAGAUACAGUAUAUUCAUGAGACAAUGACUCAAGAGCCUUUAUAAAUUCAAAGUAGGUGAUGAAAGAAUUCAUUUAUUCAGCCAGAAGAUAACAUCUAAAAGAUGAACAUAAGUACCUAUAAUCAAAAUCAGCUUAUUCAGUACAUUAGUCUAACUGCAUAUAUCUUUUUCAAAGUAAGUUUUUUUCAUAAAUUAUUUUGCUAAAUUUUUCUAAUAUAUUCACUGCCCAUCUCCUAGUAUGUUAAUAUUUAAUUAACAGACACUCAGGGUUGAUCAGUGUAGAAUAAAUUUCAUCCCUGGCAUGCUUUCCUAGUAGAUUUUAUUUUGGUCUGGCGACUCAUUGAUUAUAGCAUGAUGAUGUGUCUGCCUAUAACCCCACUUCUGAAGAUACAUCAGGUGAGAAAUUACAGGGCAGAAACUCAACAUUGCAGUGGGUGAAAUGAUGCACUUAUCGUGCCUUUGUAAAUACAUGCAGGCAGUGGAGAACAGCACAGAGAAGAGCAGAAGCCUCAUAA